GUUAUUUGUGUAUUCCAUAUAUCAAAGGACAACCGGAAGUAAUGUCUGCACCAGUUUCUUGUUUCUUCCUUGAAAUCCGACGAUAGACGAAGAAGGAACGCAGACGAACGGUAAUACGAGAACAACAAGAAAGAAGAAAAGCAGGGAGUAAAACCGGCACUAAGAAGUAGGGGCACUUGGUUCCAGUUUGUUCAAAGCUUUCGUUGGCCCAUAAAACGUGCAGAAGGCAUAAAUCGGUGGAAGUAAACUCGUCGCGGAUUGCGCCGUACUCGACGUCGCGACCAAUAAAAUGCAAAGACGAAAAGAUAAAGUUAAAGAUAAUCCGGCCGUAGACCCGCACCGUGAAUACUUGGAUGCUGAGUCCAGCGACGAGGGAGGAGACAGGAGAACCGAAUUCCAAGAGGACGAAGAAUUGACAGAGUCGCUGAAAUCACUUUACGAUGCUGAAGAAUUGGAAAAACUCGUGGGAUACGUAAAGGACAUGACGAUUCUCUUCGCCUUGGACGACAGCCAUUGGACGGAAGAAGUCCUAUCCGAAAUUCGUGAAUUCUUUUACGAUUCUACAGUCAGGGUACUCUCCAUCUACUUCGACAACUAUACACUGGCCGCUGAAUUGGACUUCCCGAGUGUGCCGGUACACGAGCUCACGUACUUCAUCAAAGAGCCCUAUGAAGUUUUGACGGCGGAAAACUUUCAUCAGAACGUCAUGUUCGGGACGAUUAACGGCGACGUGGAGGCAUCGAUUCUUAAUGCCGUUGGAAACCUUUGGGCGCCGACUUUCUUCAACGUCAACACUUGGCCAGACAGUAUCCUUUUAAAUGACGACAAUAACUCUCUGUAAC